UCAAAAAUUAACAUUAAGAAAAGAUGCACACGAUAGUUUUGGUAAGAAAUCCAGUAUUUAUCGUCGAUCUUCUCGACGAAAUAGUCUUCGAAAAUCUAAAUAUGUACCUGAUGGUAAAACCAACUCCACAAAAAGCCAGUCAUUGAUGUGUAAAGCUUCUGAGUCUUGUUCCAAUAAAGAAGACAGUGGUGUUGGCAUGAGCGAUGGGGAGGACAGGAAUCAGAGCAUAUACCAGACGCUGUCCUCUAAAGUCAACUUGUCAACGGAAGAGAAAGAAACUAUCGAUACUUACGACCGAUUAAGUCGAAUACACGAUAUGGUCAAUCUGAUACAUAAAGGCUUGUCCUCUGCUUGUGCCGCUUGCAAAGCCAUCCCCUCCAGUGCAUUGGAGCUACGUGCCAAAGCUGAGUCUUCCAUGCUUCAAGUGAAAUGUAAUGAGAUAGGUCCACAUCAUCACCCACCAUGUAUCUGUUUUGCGUGCCAGCAUUCCAUCUUCAGUUGUUCGAUCGAUACAGGUAUACCUGCUGAUAUGGGCGCCGAAGACAGUUUAUAUUACAACUUGUGCUGUUUAAACUCACCCAAUCGUGAAGGCUGGAGGCAAUCAAGGCGGAGGCCUAUAUGCGAACAGAACGGUCGUCUGUGCAUCGUCAACUGCGACAUGGAGCAGCGAACUGAUUCUCUGAAGAUGAAUAAUGAUUUCUACGAACAACUGUGUGAAUGGCAUUCAACGCCAACAGUUCUUCCACGUAAGAAUUACAGAUCGAAAAAACGUUCGGGUGAUUCUUAUGAUAGUGAUGAAAGUUGGAUUGAUUUAACAGAUUCCGAAGAUGAAGGGCGCAUGCAAAAUUGUACCAGGCCUCAAUUCACGAAUUAUAUAAGAAAUUCUUUGUCCAGAAGAUCAGACGGUAGCUUAUCUGCUCAGAAUACAGUUUAUGAUCUUGAUCAAACAAUUGUAAAAUGUCAAUCUUUGGAUUUGUCAAGGUGCCAGUCCAUUGAGCAUUUAUAUGAGAGCAUAGCUGACAUAGAGGCCCAAGAAGUUGAGAACAAUACUAAAGAUACUUCUUUACAUUCCAAUGGUUCUAGUACUCUUUCUUUAAAAAGUGAACAAAAUGUUGACAAUGAUGUCGACAGUGGGGAAUGGUCUACGGAGAGUGCUUCACCAACUUUUGACGAAUCAAACAGUAAAGAGGUACAGGAUAAAAAAGCUGAAACUGUGUCAAACCAGCACAGGUUUUCGGUUCAUUUAGAGUGCCAAGAAACUGCUAAGAAAACUUUCAUGAAAUCUGUCCUCGGAAAAAAGUCCUCAAAUCCAAAAAACAGGCGUAUGUCUAAAUUUUUUGUUCCGUGGUUGGUUUCAAAUCAUGAAUACAGUCCAUCUGCUUCCAGAAGUACAAAGGGAAGCAAUAAAAGUAUACCGUGUCGAUCUACUUCUCCAAAAUCCACUGCCUGUAAGAACAAAAGAAGUCAAUCUAUCCCUCAUGAUUCACCAAAGUUAAGUAUGUCUUGUACUAGAGCUCUGUUCUGCUCUUCCGAAAUUCUUGAUCCGGAAAAAAGCAAGGAGUCUGAAACAGAAAAUUUGAAUAGCAAUUACUUGGAGAGAAAAUGUUCUCUUAGUCCUGUAGAUCCAACACUGUCAUCUUCAUCUCGAGACUCAUCUGUUUCAUCAACCUAUCUGAGAUCCGAUCAACUUCAAACUUCUAACAUACGUAAAACAAAAACAAGCAUCUCUUCUGACAGUGCUGGCGCUGUUGAUGUCAUUGUUGAAAGAGUUCAUCGAAGACCUUCAAUCGGUGAUAGUGAUCAUAGUUAUAUAUUAUUCCAGCCAAUAAAAGAGGAGGAAGUUCCUUUGUAUCAGUUUUAUGAACGCAACAUAAAAGAGAGAGUGUCAUUUUGCCGAAGUCCAAGCAGUUUGUCACCUGUCAUGUGGUCAUCUCUUCCAGAAUCUAGCUGCAGUCCUGACAAUUCAGUUAAACUAAUUAAGCCUCAAUUCUCUGUUGUUGAACAGUUGAGCCCUGAUGCCAAAGAUAUGAAAAUGUUGUGGUGCGAACUUCCUGAGGUGAAAGAAAGUGGUAUUUUGGAAAGAAUAUCAGCCCAGGAAUUAAAACUACAAGAAGCAACCUUUGAGUUCAUUCAAUCUCAAGCAUCUUAUAUCAGAAGUCUUAAAGUUCUGUUUGAAAACUUCAUAAAAACUCCUGAAUUCUCUGGCAUUGAGAGUUCAACUUGUGUUUUAAGCAAGCAUGAGCAUGAUGUUCUAUUUUCAGACAUCAUUAGAGUGAAAGAAGUUAGUGAAAGUUUAAUGGGUGAUUUAACAAGAAGAUGGAGUGAUGACAUACUUAUUCCUGAUGUUUGUGACAUAAUUUUCCGUCAUGCAACCAUGCCAUCAUUUUCUGUUUAUGUGAAAUAUUGCUCAAACAGAGUUUACCAAGAAAGAACCUUAAAAGAAUUGAAGGAAACACGGUUAUGCUUCUUGGAAGUGUUGCAAAAGUUGGAAAGCAAUCCUGCGUGCCAAGGAUUGAGCUUAGAAUCUUUUCUUUUCUUACCAAUGCAACAUAUUGCAAGACUCCCUUUGUUGCUGGACAAUAUUUUCCGUUGGCUUGUUCCCGAUUCUCCUUCAUAUGGCGUUUGUAAAAUGGCCUUGGAAGCUGUUCAUAAAGUUUUUAUGGAAUGCAACGAAGGUGCAAGAAAAAUGGAACGACUGGAGGAGAUGUUUGUGUUAAAUAAACAGUUAGAGUUCAAGGAAUGUAAGGUGAUCCCUUUAAUUUCUGCUUCAAGGUGGCUUUUGAAGAAAGGAGAGAUCAUGAAGCUUGAAUUUGAUAAGAAAACCUUUGGUCGUUCAAGCCGCUGUGUUCGUGUUCCUGUUUAUAUAUUUCUCUUUAAUGAUCUUUUGGUUGUGACAAAACGAAAGAGUGAAGAUACCUAUACAGUAAUUGAUUAUUGUGCCAGAGAAAAGGUGCAAGCUAUGGCAGUCAAUGCAAAAGAUUUACCACACCCAAUUGUUGUUCCUAAUACUUGUAGAUAUUUGAUCUAUCUUACUUUAUUCAACAACCAUCAAGGCAGUGCUGUAGAUAUGAUACUGAACUGUGCAUUAUUGUAAGUAACUUUUUUAUCAUUAGCUUCAAUUUUACAUAAAUUUAAAUUAUUAUUAUUUCUGAUGAAUUUUUAU